GGACGCGACUUAGAGACUGAAAAAACAAAGCCUUUCGCGCACCGUCGUCGUUGUUAGCUCAGACUCAGAGAGCCUGAGACCAUGUCAAACCCUUCAGAAACACGUCAGCCUCAGACUCAGAGAUUCGGGUUGCUCUGGCCGGAUCUCAACGACGGCUUGUCCUACAACGACGUCGUUCGCUCCUCCGAUUCCGAAUCGACACUGAUCGAAUUCUACUCUAGCAAGUACAAGAAUUCAGCUCCUCUGCAAGGUUGGGUGCAGCGAAUUGAGAACGGACAGAUAAGAGUUGAUGGUACAGUUGUUCCUGAUCCCGAAACAAUCCUCAGAGUUGGUUCUGAGCUUGUCUAUCAUAGACUUCCUUGGAGAGAGCCCGAUGCACCGUGCUUGCUUGAAGUUUUAUACGAGGAUGGUGAUAUGAUUGCUCUUAACAAGCCUUCUGGCCUACAAGUUUUACCGGGAGGCCUUUUCCAACAACGGGCAGUUUUGACACAGCUCCAAUGGCAGGCAAGCAAGAAGCAAGAACCACAUCCCGUUCCUGUUCAUCGACUAGGAAGGGGUACUUCAGGAAUAUUGCUUUGUGCUAAGACGAAGCUUGCCAAAACUCGCCUUGCAGCCUACUUUGCCAAUGGAACAUCUUAUAUUGAGGGCAAUAGAAAAACCAACAUGGAGAUGUGUGGAACAAGAAAAAUAACAAAGAUAUACCGGGCACUAGUCACUGGGCUACUUGAUGAAGAUAAGGUACUGAUAAAACAGCCCAUCGGAAUGGUGCAGUAUCCUGGUGUUGCCAAGGGGCUAUAUGUUGCUUCUUCUUCAGGAAAACCAGCUCUGAGCAAAGUUGAUGUUCUUGAGAGAAAUAUGCAAGGAAACAACACAUUGGUUCAGGUGGAAAUUCAGUCAGGACGGCCGCACCAAAUUCGUAUUCAUCUUGCUUUUAUUGGGCAUCCUCUGUUGGGUGAUCCUCUUUAUGUUGGUGGUGGACAACCUAUGUGCUUCGAUCCUGAAUUUGUUGACGGAAGCUUUGCACAAGAUGGAGGGUACCAGAGGCCUACAAAACCUGUUCCAGGAGACUGUGGUUACUUCUUGCAUGCGCAUCAACUGAUUCUCUCUCACCCAACUACCAAUGAGGUAAUCAAAAUUACUGCACCUCUUCCAUCCAUCCUCCAAACACAGGAUGAGGCUAAGGAAAUAAGAAUUAAUUAACAGCAGCACUAUUUAAGCUUGCUGCUGUCAGCUGCAGAAAAUUUGAAAGCAAUGAAGCUUGCUUUACAGCCAUGCUUCAUUUCAAAGCUGCAGAAGAUUUUGAGAGCAAUUAAGCUUGCUUUACAGCAGUGCUUCAUGUCGUGUCUGAGGUAGACACCUAGCACCAUUCAGGUAGUAGUGUAAUCAUAAUGCAUUAUUAAUGCUAGGCCAUUAAAUUUCAUGAGAGCGCGUAGUUUUGUAAAAUAAUUCCAAUAGAUAACACAUUUUAAUGGAGAAAUUUAAGGAAUGGUGGCAAUUUUGAAGGCCACGUGAUGUAGGUAUAAAA